AUGGGCAAAGACUCGUCCUUCCGCAUCUGCAUCGCCUUCCUCCUCAUAGUGCAACUCGCCUGCUGGUCCCUCACCCUGCUCGACUUGCUGCACCCGGGCAAACCGCACGCGCUGAUGCGCAACGUCAUGGACCUAGUGUCUCUCUUCUUCUCCCGCCAAUCUACAACCGCGUUGCUGAGCUACCGCGAUAUCAAGGCGUUGAUGUACUGA